AUGCCGGGGACAAUAGAAGAAGAAGACGGCGAACUAGAGCUCGCGAGCUCCGAUGCUGAGUCGACGACGUCGUCGGCAUCUGCUCGAUCUGGCGACGACGAUGGCUCGGCUCCACGACCAUCCAUUCACCCGCCCAAUUACUUUGCGCCGCCAUUCUACGGUCGCCCAGGCACUCCCCUUCCGCCUUCUCCGUCAAUAACAUCGCUACUGAUCCCCUCGCGGCCGACCACGCCCGACCUAUCCGACGAUGAGCUAGAGGUGGCGGCCCGCGCGACCCGCGCAUCGCCCAAAGUCCCGACCUACGAAUACUACGGAUUCGUGCUCUAUCUCUUCUCCAGCGCCUCCUUCCUCGUGUAUCUUCUCUGGUCAUACCUCCCUUCGCCGUUUCUACACGCGCUUGGGAUAUAUUACUAUCCUAACAGGUGGUGGUCUCUCGCGGUACCGGCGUUCCUCGUUAUGGCCCUAGUCUAUCUCUUUGUCGCCCUGGCGGCCUACAACACCGGCUACUUGACCGCCCCGAUGGGCGCAGUGGAGACAAUCGUGGACGACGCGGCAAAAAUAGCCAUCAUUGACGCAAAGGGAAGGAUGCGGGACGGAUCUAGGUUGACCAGGUCCAAGGUUAGUAAGAGGAAGGGAACAGGUGGUGGCGGCGGUGGAGGAAAGCGCACGUCAUUGGAUUACCGGGAGGUUUGGGGCGAGGGCACUGACGGUGUCAUGGACGUGCCCCUUGGCGGUGUUUGCGAAGUCUUGUACAGGGAAAGGGGGCCGGAUGAGAGCGAAGAAGAAGAGGUGGAAUACGGCGACGUUGAGGAAGAGAGAUGCGACAUGGGGCACCCCCUGCUUCCAACGCCUCGAGAGCCCGGAUAUGGUGGUUAUCACCUCGUCUUCCUCAUCCGGACCCCCGUUGACAAGUCAGAGCACAGUAUCCGGCCCUAUCAGCGUGACGCGGCGCAUAGCGACUGUUGCUUCGCACCAUCCGCCGGCAACCCAACGCCGAAGGCUCGAGAGACCCAGGCAGGCAGUAGCAGCAUUUCGCCUUACCUGGUUUUCCCCGUUUUGCCCGUAGAAAAUGGCUUCGCAACAGAGCUUCGCUUUUACCCGGACCCCGUGGACUGGUCCAAGUCCGAAGCCUCCGCCUUAGACGGCGCCGCCGAGGACAAGAACCCCGUCAUGAGGGGCUUGUCCCUCGCCAUCGGCGCCUCCCUAGUCUCCAACUCCGGCUACCUGCAACGAUUCCUCUGGAAAAACGCCAAGUUUGGUUCCCUUAGACACAUGCCCGAGCUUGAUACUUCCCUCCCGGCCCGUCUUCAUGAACAAUCCACCAGCCCUGUGUCAUCCCCCUCGGGUCCUCCCCGCCGCGCAAUCCAUCAUCCCUUUUGGCCCCGAGAUUCAAACCCCCGCGCUGCCGAUCUCGUCAGCCGCUAUCACUCCGCAGCCGACUACCACGCCGCCUACAAAUCCGGCGAUGUUACACCGCUCCAGGUCGCCGAGGAGCUCCUCCGCCGCAUCACCCGCGGCCAGACCCGAGAGCGAGUACGCCAACGCCUGGGUCGACUCCACGGCCAGGACGAGAGCGUCCUCGCAGCAGCCCGAGCAUCCACCCAACGCUAUGCCCAGGGCAAGGAGCUUGGUCUCCUUGACGGUGUCCCCUUUGGCGCCAAGGACGACGUAGACUCAGCCUGGCCUGUGCAAAAGUUGCAAGAAGCCGGCGCAGUCCUGGUCGGCAAGAUGGCCAUGCAUGAGCUAGGCGUCGACGUUAGCGGCUGCAACACUGCCUGGGGCACGCCUACCAACUGGAUGAACCCAGAUUACUACCCAGGCGGCUCCUCGUCGGGCGCCGCCUCCGCCCUAUCAGCCGGUAUCGUCCCCAUUGCGAUCGGUACCGAUGCCGGCGGUAGUGCCCGCGUGCCCCCUCCUUUACGGGCCAUAGCCGAUCUCACCGCCGCGUACCGCACAAUCGCCCAGCCCAAUUGCUCCUGCAACACCCAAGGCCGCUUUGCCCCUUCCUCCCCGCCCUCCCCCGACGCCAAGAAGACCAUCGGCAUAUACCGCCCUUGGUUCGACAAGGCCGACCCCCAGGUCCUCGAGCUCUGCAACGCCGCCGUCGCUCAUUACCGGGACGCUGGCCUCGCCCACGGCGCCACCUGUCUUACGGACGGCGCCGCCUCCCACUACGCCCGCGCCCCCAACACUUCCAUCGCCCACGCCAUGGUCCAGCCACAGACCCGCGUCCUCGUCGGCGUCGGCAGCCAGACACCCGCCCAGGAUUACAUCAAGUACAACGAGUUGAGGGAGAUUCUUAUGCAGCACCUCGCCUUCCUCUUCACAACCCAUCCAGGCCUCCUUAUCCUCACACCCACCACCCCACUAGCCGGCUGGCCCAAGGACCCUGCUAAUGACUCUUACGGCUUCUCGGAUGGCAACAUGACCCUCAAACACAUGAUGUACGUCUUCCUAGCCAACAUCACUGGCACGCCUGCCCUCACCGUGCCCGUAGGCUACCUACUUGCCUGGGCUAGUGAAGCUGAAAAGUACCUCGACGAGGUGGUUGAGGGCGGUAGGAGAAGGCCCGCUGGGUGGGUGGAUGUUUUGGCCGCGGCCAAAACCCAGAAGAUUGACGAGACGGAAUAG